UCUGCUUUGUUGCAAGAGGAACUGAUUAUUGCUGUGGUUUGAGUCGCACGUAUUAUCCGUGAACUAUCCAUUUGUUUUGUGUAAUAUGAUUAAUGAAUCCGACCAAAAUGGGAAGGGUCUAGAGCAGCAGGUAAAUUUCAGCCAAUUUGGCCUUUUCCACUGAACAGGAUAUUUUUUUUUUUUAUUUCGGCAUAAGACAAACUGCAGGAUUCCAAGUUAGGGUUAGCGUGUAGCACGGUACUCUCAAGAAGAUGGCGCAUUGGGAUAAAAGUUUACCCUUGUGGAAUCCCUCCGUGCCUCUGGAUUUUGCAUCGUGUUGGGUCCUCUGCAACAAUUUUGCUGGUCUAGACUUGAACUCCGGUUCCCAAGGAAACAAGUCUGCCGCUAGCAGAUACGUGCCCCCUCACCUGAGGAACAACCGAUCUGUGGUGCCUGGACCUCCUCAGCCCAACAGCCAGUGGAGCCAGAAGGGGGCCUACCCGGACCCGCAGGGAGGAGACGAUUGGGCCGCUCGGGACGGACAAGGUUUCAGGGGCAACGAUCGCGGAGGAGGUGGCCGUGCUGACUUCUCCAAUUUCGGAGGACGUUCCAAGAGGAUCGAUGGCCCCAAUGUGCGCAACAAUGCCAUGCCACCACGCCAGGGAGGCUCUAACUGGCGCAAUCCUGAGGAAGCGGCCCGGGAGGGCUGGGGUGGAGGAGGAGGAGGCGGCGGCGGUGGCAGCCGCGACGACCAGCGUGGUGGCGGCGGCGGUGGCGGCAACUGGGACCGCCGCAAUGGGGGGCGGCGCAACUACGACGGUGACGAAGACUGGACCAGACCGCUACCUAGGGACGACAGGAUAGAGAGAGAACUGUUCUCCCAGGGACACACUGGUAUCAACUUUGAGAAGUACGAGGACAUCCCUGUGGAGGCGACGGGCGAGGACUCUGCCAAGCACAUCAACUCGUUCGACGAGUGCUCCUUGACGGAGAUCAUUCGUGUGAACAUUGAGCUGGCCCACUACACCUGCCCGACCCCCGUGCAGAAGCACGCCAUUCCCAUCAUCCUGGCCAAGAGGGACCUGAUGGCCUGUGCCCAGACUGGGUCUGGGAAGACUGCGGCCUUUUUGGUGCCCAUCCUGAACCAGGUGUUUGAGGACGGACCGCCGAAGAAUGUCCCACAGCAACCGCACCGCUACUCGUCGCGGCCCAAGCAGUACCCGCUGGCCCUGAUCCUGAGCCCGACCAGAGAACUGGCCUGCCAGAUCUACGAGGAGGCGUGCAAGUUUGCCUACCGGUCGCGGGUGCGCCCCUGCGUGGUCUACGGUGGUGCAGACCCCAUGCAGCAGAUGAAGGAUUUGGACAGGGGCUGCCACCUGCUUGUGGCCACUCCAGGACGCCUGGUGGACAUGAUGGAGAGGGGCAAGGUGAGCCUGGAGUUGGUGCGGUACCUGGUGCUGGACGAGGCUGACCGCAUGCUGGACAUGGGCUUUGAGCCCCAGAUCCGGCGCAUUGUGCUGGAGGACAACAUGCCCCCUGUGGGCCAGCGGCAGACGCUCAUGUUCUCGGCCACCUUCCCCAAGAAAGUGCAGGAGCUGGCCCGCAAGUUCCUCGACAACUACAUCUUCCUGGCCGUAGGACGGGUGGGCAGCACCUCGGAGAACAUCACCCAGAAGGUGGUCUGGGUCGAGGAGCACGACAAGCGCUCCUUCCUGCUCGACCUCCUGAAUGCCGCAGGCCUCAGGACUGGCAGCCAGGCGGCCCUGUCCGACUCGCUGACCCUGACCUUUGUGGAGACGAAGAAGGGAGCAGACUCGCUGGAGCACUUCCUCAUGAAGGAGGGCUACCCCGUGACGAGCAUCCACGGCGACCGCAGCCAGAGGGAGAGGGAGGACGCCCUCUGGUCCUUCCGCAAGGGACACACCCCCAUCCUGGUGGCCACUGCCGUGGCAGCCAGAGGCCUGGACAUUCCAAACGUGAAGCAUGUGAUCAACUUUGACCUGCCGAGCGACAUUGAGGAGUACGUUCACCGCAUCGGUCGUACGGGCCGUGUGGGCAAUCUCGGCCUGGCGACGUCGUUCUUCAACGAGAAGAACCGCAACAUGGCGCUGGACCUGGUGGAACUGAUCACGGAGACGAAGCAGGAGCUGCCCGACUGGCUGGCCGCCCUGGCCAAGGAGGUGCAGGGGGAGCAGAGGGCCACCAACCAGAGGCGCUUUGGCAGCGGAGGCAGAAGCACCCGUUAUGGCGCCGGCGGCUUCGGCAGCCGGGACUACCGGCAGUACGGGGGCCGCGAGCGCACGGCGGGUCCUCCCAGCGCCGGCGGAGGCCGCAGCACGGGCGGCGCCCCGGGAGGCUAUGGCGGAGCCCCGCAGUACGGAGGCUACGGCAACAACAGCUUCGGGGGCAGCUACCGCCCGAGCAGCUACGGGGGCAACUACAACUCCUCCAACGACUGGUGGGGCAACUGAGGGGGCUCCGGGUGUGCUGGGGGGGACUCCUAUCUCUCCGCCCUACGGUGCCCCCCCCCCCCCCCCCCCCCUUUUUUGACAUUUUGGGUCCUCCCCUCUUUCUUUACUUGUACCUAGCUCGCUUCUUCGGUCCCCCUUCCCCCGCUCGAUUUCUUUUAACCGCUUCUUCUUCUCGGCGGGGGACGGGGAGGUUGAGAGUCUGUCUGCUGCACAGGGUGGACCUCCUUGUGUGUGAGCGAACAGACUCUUUGGUGGAGAGAGGGAGGCGCUCUCUCUUCUCGCCAUGUAUUCCGUUGUUUUCCGCCGCGACUCGUUCGGUGAACUGGACCGUCGCUGCCGCUACGACUGCUGCGACAAGGGGUGGCGCCAUCUCCGGCCGGCACCACCGAAGACGACCGAACCAAAGUGGUGAAGUGCACGUUUAUUUUUCCCGAGGUUUUCGAAGGGAGGAGGUGCUUGUUCCUGCGUGACGGAGAAGGUAGGCGAGUUAACGGCAUUCUCUGUGUGUGCGAGCAAGGUCGGAGGAGCGAGACCCAGGUGACCUUUUUUGUCGAAGGGGGGAGCACACCAUUGUUGUCUUUUUUUUUUUUUAAGCUUUCUCCUCGCGCUCAUUGACGAGGAGGGAGGGUAAUAGCAAAACAAGAUGUGUGAGAAGAAAAAAAAUUGACUAGCAUUGUUUUUAUCCUCCUCACGCCUAGAUUCUUUCAAUUAAAGUAUGCGGAAGUGAAAAAGGAAAAUGGAGAGUUCGUAACUUGCACGGGCUCUCGUAGUCUUUCUCGGCAGCCGGCGUAACAUCCGGUAACCGCCGUCGGCGUUUGGGAUUUGGGUCCUGAUGCAGUAGAGGUCCCAAAGAAUGUCGCUUCCCUUUCCUAAUUUAUUGCUCUCGCAUUUGUUUCCCCCUCGCUGUCCGAGUACUACACAUGUGUGCCGUGGUUGCGGCCGUCCUUCGCUCUGUUUUGGAAAGCCAGCAUCGCAAUUCUUGACUGCAGGAAAAAACAAUCUGGACAAUCUAAUAACUCCCCCACCCCCUUCGCUUUUUCUCUCGAGUUUCUAGCCGAACUUUUGAGUGCGUCUCGACGGUAUGGGACUCUUUCCGGCCUCGGAUGUUUGUUUCGAGCAUUAGUGAAUGUAACACUGUGCGUGUGCUUUACAUGUGUUUCGAUUUGCUCGGCGAGUAAAUGCUGGCCGGUUGGGUCAGUCAAGGCCAACUCCUGUGAACCUUUGCCUGCGUUCUCCUUGGUGUUUAUUACUCCCCUUUUGGGGGUGGAAAAGGGAGUCUUUCCCCGAGCACGAGCUUGGCCAGGCCACUUGCUAGUGUACCAUGACUCGAGGCUGCCAAUUGCUGUGUUCUUUGUCCGGGAAUUUUUUUUUCGUUUCGCUUUCGUUUAAAAGGUGGUUUAUAUGCAUACGUAUAUAUAUAUACAUAUAUAUAGUUGCGGUUGUACUGGCGGUCUCAUUGGUUUUGCAUUUGUAUGCUUUUGUGUUCUUCCAUGUAAUUCUAAGUUACUGUGCGCACUGGAGGAAAGGUGGGAGGUUUAGUAGCAUAAGUCUUUCUCUUUGUUUUUUAAUGCAAAGGGUGUGAAGAUUAUUUUUUUUGUCUGCUUUCUGUGUUUGCGUGUAGUGUUCUCUUGUUACUUUUUUCCCCUUCUACUCACUAGCUUCUUGAGACGCCGUUAUGUAUACACUUGUGUAUGUGGAAAUAUCUUGGACACUUACAUUUUUUGGGGAGACGCACGGAUCCCGAGGGGUUUCCGGCGCUUCCUCUGAACGCAGGAGCAGGCACACAAAGUGGGGGACGAGGAGACAAGGCGCUACUAUAGGUCUGUGUGCGGCACGUGUGUGGCUCUUCGCGGUUUCGCUAUGCGCUACGGCGGAUUAUGUGGCAGAUGUCACAACCAAAUCCCCGUCUCUCUCUCCCGGAGAUCGGGAGGGCGAGGCCGGUGAACCUGCCUAUUUUUUCGAGUUUAGGUGUACAGCGCGGUUUUAAAAACAAAUGAUGGGCAAGAUGAACAAAGCGGGGGAGGGAUGAGGCAAAAUUUGAGCAUUGGCAGCACAAUUUCUGGAGUGGCGAAAAAAAUGGGGACGAGUCAAAUUCUUGUCUUUUUGUUUUGGUGGGGAGGGCUCAUAACCAAAGGGGUAGGACAGGUUUUUUUUUUUUUUAUCUUGCUGCUGGAUUGUAGGGCAAGAGUCUUCGUUGGUUUCCUUCCAAAUUCCUCGUCGAUGAAAUCUCGGAAAUCCGUCAGAGCAGAGACCUUCCGUGGCACGGUGGAAAAAAAACUGACAAAAGAAUGAAACGGCGUCUUUCUUUUGUGGCCAGGAUAUGCAGGGUUCUCGCUCUUUCUGCCAAGAGAUUAGGAAGUGGUCCAGAACAUUUUGCUCCCCGGCAGGGGGAGGAAAGAAAGGGCUCGUACAUACCGGAAGUAUUGUGGCCUCGUGUGCCCUUGGGCAACCUUUCGUUUCAGCGGCAUCUUGAAAAGGCUCAUUUUAUUCCUUCCCACCCAUCUGGAGUCGAUGGCUCUUCUAUUUCUUUUAAUGCGUGUAUAUGUGUAUGUAUAUCAGCGUGUGGCGCACACGCGUGUAUGUAUGUAUAUAUGGCUUGAAUCUAGAACUGCGAGUCUUCCCGCAUUUUUAUUUCUCCCGUUCCUGCGAUGCAAAGGGAAACAAGCUGCGAGGCCACAAAACUUGACUUUCGGUGUUUUAUUGUCUGAGCGAGGAGGUCUCGGAAAGGGCGAGAGUAUACACCAUCCCACCUCCCAGGCACCAGCCGCUGCACGCAGCAGUACGAGAAGGCUGUCUAGUCUUUGUUCCUUCCUGUUGAGAGAGUCUCGCACGACAAUGCCGCGUGCCUUUGGAGCCCUCGCUUGGCUCGCAGAGCUCGUCCGCCGAAAGGUUUGCAGGCGAGACUCUCUGUUCUCUACGGAGUUUGAAGAAACCUUUUUUUUUUUUUCCCUUUCUUUGCGCGCAGAACGUCGCUUCCGUUGCGAGGUCGUACAAAAAACGACGAGUGGACAACCAUUGAUUUUGCGGUCACUCAAAGUGUAUGGGCUCAGUCUUGCCUAUAGCUGGUGUGGGGCGUCGGGGGGCCUUUUGUAGGGGUUGGGGGCCGAAAGAGCUUGAGGAGGGUACGUCCGUGCUUCCAAGUCGGGGGGUGCAUCGCGGCCGUCAGUUCUGACGAGAACGUGCCUUACGACGACUAGUGGAAGGGGCAGGUUUUUACACUGCCGCUUCCCAAGCAGUUCUUGGCUGGGCACUUGUACAUAAGUUCAUCUGCAGGGAGUGCAUUAGGUCUCAUUGUCUAUAGGUAUAUAUGUGCAUUACAUAUUUAUAUACGGGAGGUGAGGUGGCACUCCUGGCGUGCGUGUGCCCGCAUUUUCUAGCAGUUCCGGGGAUUGUACAUAAUCGGAGGGUGCCCGGGGUAGACUUGUGAGCUGCAGCCAUUGCCUCCUGGGCUGGCCCGAGCACCUUCCUUUGCCGGCGGGAGUGGGUAGACCAUUGGGUUGGGAAGUGGGCGCUUAGGCAAUUUUAAGCAGAGUUCUCUGAAUUUCGGAGUAUUUAAAUGGAAGGGGCAUUUCUUUGGGGAUGGUCGUUUAUGGGAACAACAGGUUUCUCCCUUUUUUAACCUGUAUUUAAACGCUGCAGCUUUCAUUUGGACAAUGAGAGAGAAAGUGCUGUUGGCACAUAGCCUCUGUCAUCAGGUUCAGUUUCAAAUUUUCAUCCUUCACUCCAACAUUACUUUCUGGAACAAAGCGUUCGUCCUGGGAGGUCCAUUGCCAAUCUCUCGUCGUCUUGGCAUUUGUGAGGGAAGACGCCGACACAUACAUUUUGCCGGAGGUCUCUGCUACGUUUUGGCGGCGCAGCUCCUGAAAAGCAUAACUGUCCACCAGAACAAAUGACCAAAGUACACAGCACAAAAACAAUUUUGCCCAUCAUUGCUUUCUUGAUUUUUUUCUUUCUUUCUUUCUUUUCGGGGCUUGCAUUCUGUUUUGGAGUGCAGGCAAAGUUUAGGGGAGACAGGCAAGGCCAGUUGCUUCUUGGAAGGCCUGAGAUUAAUAGACAACCUGGUGAGAGCUGGUUGUGGUGAUCCUAUGGGUCACAUGCAAACGUGCCGGGCGGGCCUGGCGAUUUCGCGAAGUACACAGAUUAAAAGGCUGAAUCCUCUACUCCAGAAAUUGUAAUCUUGUCUUACCUUGGGUAGCGAAGGCCUGUUGUUUUUUUUCUCCGUAAACAACCAGAUGUGGGGAGGAUUGUUUGGCCCCCAAGUUUUGGGCAUUUUAUUGUCAUUGUAUUGGAUGUGACCUGUUCCAAAUCAACGAGAAAUAAAAUUGGUAGUCACGCACCA